AUGAUUCUGAGAGAAUACAACCGAAACAAACCGCCCGCGGCCGGUGCGGGAGGUCUCGUGACCAACCCUGGCGCCGGCGAUGAUCUCGAUCACAUUCCUGUUUUGAAGCCGGGUCAGGUUGAGCAUCAAGGGUUCAUGGGCAACAAGAACGACAUGAGCAGUGUCAACAAUGACAUGAACCGUUACAGUCACCAUGGCAGCCACAAUUCACCUACCUACGCGGACUUUGAAAAUACCGCGCGCAAUUUCACCCACUCUGAAGACUCCUUUCCAGAGUACCAUCUACCUCGACAGACCUACCCGGUGGAGGAGUUGGGCAUCCCUUUGGCAGACGACGGCAGUGAUGAUGAGUACAGACACUCCGGUUAUGUCUCAAGAACCGGUUAUGACGACCACAAAUCGACCCUCCCCCCAUCUGGCUAUGAUCAUGGUCAUGGAGGACAUAUCAUUCAUCCUAGAGAAACUCCACGUGAUACAUACACUAGCGACUACAACAGAGACUACAACAGAGACUACAACAGAGAUUUCGACCCCGUGACUUACGACGACCACGUGACAUAUGACGACCACGUGACCAGACAUGUCCCCGUGGACAUUGUACCGGUGGCUCAUUCCUAUGAGCAAAUGGACAGGAGCAUGGAGAGAACUAUGGAGAACAGGGGCAUGUCGAGAUCGCCUGCUGCCAGCCACAUGAUGUCUCAAUCACCCGGCCUCGAUCACAUGUCCCGGUCUCCUAACCCAAUGAACAUGUCUAGAUCCCCUGGUCACGUGAGCAUGGGCAGAUCUCCUGGGGCUGGUUACAUGGCUCAUAUGGACAGAUCGACAUCUCCUAACCCUGUCAUGCCUCGGUCUCCGGUUCCGGCUGACUAUCGAUCUGUUUCUCCUCACCUUGGUUACGAAACCAGAUCAAUGUCUCCUAACCCUGGCUAUGAUAUUACGUCUGGGUCUGGAUUUGCAUCUGAAUAUCGGUCUCAAUCCCCCAUCCCCGAUUACGUCAGUCCCUCGAGAUCGCGUGUUCCUCACGUGAUGAGGGCACCUGCCCCCCCCAUCAACACCUCCUUCGACUUGUCUUCUGACGACGAGUACUCUCCUAUUCAAUCUUCGUCCCCCAGUUUCAGACCUCCGUUGUCUCCUCAGUUGGCUCUAUCUUCUGACGACGAGGAGAUGAUGACGAUUGGAGAGAUCAAGUCUGCCAUGGCUAGAGAGGAGGCUGCACUACCGACUGUUGGAGAACUGAGAAGCAACCAUUCCAGCAGAUCUGGUACGCCAACUCACAGUGCUCACAGUGGUUCUCAAAAUGGUUCUGUCUCCAGCACUUCCUACAACGGUCCUGUAUCUGACUUUAGAACCAGAGGAAGUGUCAGUUCGGUGAGCACCACCUCCUCCAGUCGAAGCUCCACUCCAGUUUCAGCUUCCACUCCUACCUCUCGAGCUAACCGAACCUGGGCCAACACUUCUAGAUUUAGUCUGGCCGAGAGAAGAGACUCUAUGAGACAGGAGCGCCCCAGUUCCAGAAUGUCUGAGAAAAGCCACGAUGAGAGUGUCUACAGCAGUUCUAGAGACUUGAACUCCUCCAGUUUCUCCUUUAAAGAUCGACUAAACACUUCCAACGGGCUCAGCUCGUCCACCUCCUCAAUUUCCACCUUUGGCUACGACUCCGUGGGCUCCAAUGUGUCACGUGGCUCGUUCAGAUACGACAUGUGUGCUGCUCGACCCGGGUCACGUGUCAGUUGUUACGAUGAGGAUUUUGGCAAUGUCACAGUGGAGACUGUGAGAGAAGAGAGCGAGAGGUCGUUCCAGGAGGGUGACAUGUCACACGAUCAGAUCCGUGAUUUAAGGAUGACGGCUUUCCCCCACUCACGUGAUUACACACGUGACCCGUCCCGACCGGACGUGCUCGACGACCCCAGCAUCAACCUCCCCACAGGAGACCCCCACAAGUUGCGUGACCCCCAGAGCCCCACCCACGACUCGACUCACGUGAAGAGUCUGCCUCAUCACGUGACCCCAUGCGCGCCUCCGCAGCCCUCAUACAUGUCUCAGUCCGUGUCUAGCACCCGGCCUAGAUGCAUUGUGUGCGAUGAUCACGUGGCCAUGAACGAGCGAAUCGUGCAGACCGAAUCCUUGUCGGGCUCACGUGACAUUUACCAUUUGCGGUGUUUCCGGUGUUGUAUCUGUGACUCUUCUCUUGAGCAUAUGGAGCAUUACAUUGAUCCUCAUUCAGACAUGUUAUUUUGUCACGUGGACUAUCACGAGACUUUUAGUCCCAAGUGUGCUCAAUGCAGUUCGUGUAUUGAGGGCGAUUAUGUGCAGGCUAUGGGAAAAACGUAUCACGUGGACCAUUUCUUUUGUGCUCAGUGUGGUAAGCCGUUUCAGGAGGGCCAGCAGCAUCAUAUCAUUGAGGGCCAUGCCUAUUGCAGUCCAUGCUAUGAUGUGAAGACGGCCGAAAAGUGUUGGCGAUGCAGUCACGUGUUUAAUGUCAAUGAUCCGAUAAUUGAGGUUUUGGAUCGUCUUUGGUGUGAGGCCUGUUACUCGUGUGAGGAGUGUGGAGUUGGUUUGAAGGAGGAGUUUACAUUGACCAAUGAGGGUGUUGUUUUAUGUGAAAAGUGCCAGGUGAAGAAGGUGAAGCGGUAUGCCUGGCAGUGA